AAAUGUUUGCGUGAAGGGUCCUGUGGAGGGAGAGGAGUCGGUGUGUUUAGUGAGCGGACCAGUUAGACGGUAGUUGGGUGGAACGUGCACACACGAACAGCUAGCUACAACCAAGUUAGCAUGAAUUUGACAUCUUUGUCUUUUAUGACUGAGGCAGUUAGAAAGGUGCUCUAUAGCUCUCAUUUCAUCUUAGUGGCAUUCUGUUCCACCGCUUAAUAGCACUGACACUGCUCUAACGCCCGCAGGUAGGAGUUUGCACCUGAAAUGUCAACAAGCUAACACUUUACAGACGGUAGUUUGGUCGUGUUUUCGUUUAGCUGUGAGUCACACAGUCAGACUUUGGGGAAGAUUUUAACUGGAUCUUUAUUCUUUGAGGGAUCGGUAUUUGGGACAAAGUGUCGUUAAAAUCGUUUGAGUUUCCCGGAUUUAAGCAUAAGCUGCAGCUAUUUUCCUUCUGCGGUUUGCCAGAGAGCCUAUGUUGGAGACUGCGGAUUAAAUUAGGAAACUGAAGCAGGUUAAAUGAAGGGACACGGUCAGAUUCAUGUUCAGUUGGGCAGUCAUAACCCAAAUGUCAGGGAGGAAAUGCUGCUAAAGCUAUUUAUAACACGCUGUACAGCCCUGCUGACUGUGGAGCUGCUGCAGCUCACAUUCAGUUUUUGGUUUUAGAGCCAAAGAUUUGACCUAAAAGCUGCCUUUACUGUUAUACAUCCAAGUCUCUUCUUAAGCCCUACCAAAGGUUCAGCUGCAAAAACAAGUCUGAAGUUCACACUCGUGCAGAUCGAACGGGAUAUUUCUGCAUCACGGGCACCCAAGUCAACAAACGAAUCAGUAAAUGUCACUAGAAACAUCUUUUUCAUUUGUUCACUCUGCUUCCUGGACCCAGCUCCUCCCAUCUGAUACCUGACGUCAUCUUCCAGACUGACCUUGGUCUGGAAGUUUUCAACAUUAUUCAUGUGUGUGUACUCGUUGGUGGCGUGGUGUAUGAGCGCGGUCAGCCAUGCCCGUUACAUCUCGGCUCCUCAGGGGUUUGCCCCGAGCCAAGGUCUUUGCCUCCAGUCUGUUACCAUGCCAACAUCACCAAUCCCAGUUUGGUCCCGUCGUUUCCAUCGCUCCUGCAGCAGGACAGCCACCAACCCACGUGUGGCCGACGCACCAGUCGAGAAAAACCUACCAGACGUCCUCGGGGCUCCACAGCUACAUCCUCACACCCCCACAGGUCAACUCCAUCCUGAAGGCCAACGAGUACAGCUUCAAGGUGCCGGAGUUUGAUGGGAAAAACGUGUCGUCGGUGAUGGGGUUUGAAAGCAAUCAGCUUCCAGCCAACGCUCCCAUCGAAGAUCGACGGAGCGCAGCUACGUGCUUGCAGACACGAGGAAUGCUGCUGGGUGUGUUCGAUGGACACGCUGGCUGUGCCUGUGCUCAGGCGCUGAGUGAGAGGUUAUUUUACUACAUAGCAGUCUCCCUGCUUCCCCACGACACCCUGUGUGAGCUGGAGGCUGCAGUGGAGGGCGGCCGGGCCCUCAGUCCCAUCCUGCAGUGGCACAAACACCCCAACGACUACUUCAGCCGGGAGGCCCAGAGACUCUAUUUCAACAGCCUGCGAACGUACUGGCAGGAGUUAAUCGACCUGACCAGCCCAGGCGAGGUUCCGGACACACGCGAGGCCUUAAUGAAUGCCUUCAAGAGGCUGGACAAUGACAUUUCUCUGGAAGCUCAGGUUGGAGAUGCGAGUGCUUUUCUGCAUUACUGGGUUCUGAGAGUUGCCUUUUCUGGAGCGACGGCCUGCGUGGCUCACAUAGAUGGAUCAGACCUCUUUAUAGCUAACGCGGGAGACGCUCGGGCCGUGUUGGGCGUUCAGGAGGAGGACGGUUCCUUCAGCGCUCUCACCCUCUCCAACGACCACAAUGCCCAAAACGACGGCGAGGUUUCUCGGAUUCGAAGUGAGCACCCUUCAUCAGAGAGGAAGACCGUCAUUCGUCAGGACCGGCUGCUCGGCUUGCUCAUGCCGUUUCGCGCGUUCGGCGACGUGAAGUUCAAGUGGAGCAUCGAGCUGCAGAAGCGAGUUCUGGAGUCCGGACCCGAUCAGCUGCAUGAAAACGAGCACACAAAGUUCAUCCCUCCCAACUACCACACCCCCCCCUAUCUGACCGCGGAGCCCGAGAUCACACACCACCAGCUGAGACCGCAGGACCGCUUCCUGGUGAUCGGCUCUGACGGCCUCUGGGAGACCCUCCACCGGCAGGAAGUGAUUCGUGUCGUUGGGGAGUAUCUGACGGGGGUUCACCAGCGCCAGCCGCUCAAAGUGGGCGGCUACAGGGUCACUCUGGGACAGAUGCAGGGGCUGCUGGAGGAGCGGAAGGCUCGCGUGUCUUCGGCCUUCGAGGAUCAGAAUGCCGCCACCCAUCUGAUGCGCCACGCCGUGGGGAACAACGAGUUCGGCACGGUGGACCACGAGAGGCUGUCAAAGAUGCUGUCGCUGCCCGAGGAGCUAGCUCGCAUGUACCGCGAUGACAUCACCAUCAUCAUCACACAGUUCAAUCCUCACGUGAUUGGAGCACAGAGGCAGGAAGGACAGCCGUGAGCUCCUCGGGAUCCAAUCACAGCUUUUGUCUCCAUGCGGUCCAGCUGGAGAGAUGCACACCCAAACAUCUGUCCAGCUGUUUUAAGACUAUGUAAGAGAACUUGUAUAUUUAUGAAGCGGCAAAAACAAAAAAUCAUUUUUGUGAUUUUUUUUUUGUUUUUGUUUGUUUUUAUGCAUCAUUCUAAUUUAUUUACGUUGCUGGGCUUGUUCAGCAGCUGUUUACACACACACCCAUGUGUGUGUGUGUGUGUGUGUGUUACUGACAUUUCUGCCUAAAAGGUGUGAAGGCUCGAGUCUGAGUGAAGGUGAGGAUUAACCUGAAGUCAGACCGGCUCGUUACAGAAGCACUUUUUCACUUGUUUGCGUCUCAGACACACUUUCCAGUCUGAAGGGAUUGUUUCCACCACUUCUGUUCCUGACUCCUCUUCUCGCUGUGCUUCGCUUCGAUCCGUAAUUAUCUAAUUAAAUCCUCUAGGAUGAUGAUUGGGAUCCUGUGUGACACUAACUGAGAGCUUCUAGAAACAUUUCUGAAACACAAAACACAUCAGAGACGGGAACGGCGCGGAGCAGCGGUUGUUUUUCCAGCUCUGUGGCGGCUUCGUGUCGCUGACGAGUCACGAGGACUUCAACAACGGGAUUCCUCUCUGGAGAGAGUUUUCAGAGCAUCAAACUCCAUCCCAUCACAGCUCGUCGUCCGUAUGGUGAUCCGUUAGUUUUAUCGUUUCUCAGCCGAGGGAAACCCGACCCUUUUCCUCCGGACGCUCGACGGCCGUUCAUAAAUCACAGGAUUAGCCGUUAAAACCACCGAAUAUUUAUUCCGCUUGAGCAAUAACACCUUCACUGUGGGGAGGGGUGCGAUUUGUAUGAUGAAUAAAAUGUUGAACGCA